CACUCUGACUGGCUCUCCAUUUUGUUUUCCACGACAGAGCAAUUUUUAGUACAACAGAUUGUUAUCUUCUACCAAUUACCGGAUCGAUUUUGUACAUUUAAGUGUUUUAAAGCCACCUUAGGAUCAUGGGACGCAAGAAGAAGAAGGCCUCCAAACCCUGGUACUGCAACCGUGAGUUCGAUGACGAAAAGAUCCUUGUGCAGCACCAGAAGGCCAAGCACUUCAAAUGCCACAUCUGCCACAAGAAGUUGUACACCGGACCCGGACUAUCCAUACACUGCAUGCAGGUGCACAAGGAAACGGUGGACAAGGUCCCCAACUCGCUGCCCAAUCGCUCAAAUAUUGAAGUCGAAAUCUUUGGCAUGGACGGCAUUCCCGCCGAGGAUCUCAGGGAUCACGAACGUCAGAAGAAUGGUGGCAAGUCUGAUUCGGACGAUGAUGAACCGGUGGCCAAAAAGAAAGUAGAAUAUGCCAUGAGUGUACCGCCGCCUAUGAUGAUGCCCCCGAACAUGAUGCCACCGCACAUGCUGGGGCAGUACGGCAUGGGCAUGAUGCAGCACAUGCCGCCACUGCCUCCGUAUCCAGUGCCCAUGAUGCCGCACAUGAUGCCUCCGCGUCCUUUGUUUCCAGCCGCCAUGGCCACAACAUCGGCGGCAGCUGCUGCGGCGGCGGCCCAUCAUCACCACGCCGCCGCCAUGGCUCAACAAAAGCCAACAUUUCCAGCGUACAGUAAUGCUACCAUAAGUGCUCCGCCUACCACCAAUCAUGCUGGUGGCGCAUCCAGCGCACCACCAAGUGGUCCGCCAGAUGCUCAGCAACACCAGCAGCGACCUCCAGCUCCACCGGCGGCAAGCGGAACUUCCGCUGCUGCUGUGACCACAAAGAUUAUGCAUCCACAGGAGGACCUGAGUCUGGAAGAAUUGCGCGCGCGCCAACCGAAAAUACAAGCACGGUUGGCGGCCGCUUUGGCUUCACUGGCGAAUCCACAAAGUCGCAAGAGUCCCAGCAACAAUGGUGGCCCCUCUACGUCGAUUCCCACCACUCCGCCGCCCCCGUCGCUGGCCGGGAUCUCGCCCACGGGUAGCAAUAGCAGCAGUGGCAUGGCUAACUCGAUUGUCGUCUCCGCAGCCAUGUCGAAGGCCCAGGAAAACGCCGCUCUAGUUGCCGUGGCACAGGCGCAGGCACACGCACACGCACAUGCUGCCCAGGUGCAGGCCCAAGCGCAAGCCCAGGCCGUGGUCCAAGCUCAGGUGCAAGCCGCGCAUGUGGCACACGCUGUGGCAGCACAGCAGCAGGCAGUACAGCAGCAACAGGCGGCUCAGCAGCAACAGCAAGCCGCUGUGCAACAGCAGGCGGCGGUGCAGCAGCAGCAACAACAACAACAGGCGGCGGUGCAGCAGCAGCAGGCGGCGCAGCAGCAGGUCAAACAACUGGAGGAACUGAAUCGGGCUGUGAUGCUCCAGCGCUUUCAGGCUGCCCGACAGCCUGGGAAUCCCGGUGCGGCAGCAGCGGCUGCGGCGGCCGCAGCCGUCGGCAUGAUGCCGCUCCCUGGGCACAUGCAGCUUAUGCAGCCGAUGCUGAGACCGGCCAUGGCCAUUGGACCCCAUGGAACUCUCAUCGGUGGGAAUAUGCUUAGAGCCGGUGGCCCCGGAUUACACGGCAUGCCUGCAGAUAUACAUUAUGAUUGCGGUUUAGGUCUACUGCCGAUGCAGAUUGGACUACCGGGAAUGCCGGGUGCCUUACCAGCAGGAGCGAUGGCAAUGCCUGGAAUGGGCGUGAUGCUGCAAGGACAUCCCAAUAUGCUGCAAAUGAUGCAGCCGCGCUUUAGAUGAUGUCUGCCCGCAGCGCCGGGUCUGUUGCAGGCGCCAGCAGGCCAGCCGCCAACGCACCUGCAACCGCAGCCGCAUCCUCAGCACGUGCAGCCAGCCCGGUCCUUUUCCCGGACCACGGCCGCUCUGCAGGCUCAGGCACCACUGUUGAGCCUGCCGCUGCCACUGCUUUUCCAUGAGUGAGGCACGGAUCAAGCUUAUGAUUGCAAACAGCAAACAGCGCGCACUCAGCAAGCAAGUUCUUUUAUAAAAUCAAACCAAAGUCAGUUUUUUUCAAUGUAUAACAGUUUUUGAGACACGGUACCCUAAAAACACACAUACACACUUCUUGGCCACACGCUACCCACUAAUCAGCGGUUAUGCCUAGUAAACAUGUCGAUGUCAUAGAUAUAUAUAUAUAUUUCCUUCAUCUAAAGCACUCCAUUUUAGCUUUUGUUUUAAACCAAAUUGCCUAUUUUUUCCAAUCCGACCUUCUCGAUGUGCGUGCAUAAAUACAUCUUUUAGAUAUAUUUUUCGUACUAUUUGUAUAACACAAUGUAUCACAACGCUAAACCACACACACACUAACACCAUCCAUCUGAAGCUAUUUUGUUGUGCUGUAGAAAUCUAUCUAAUAUCUGUAUCUAUAUCUGUAUAAUCAACAAAUUAAUCGUUGACACAUAACCUAUACAAUUUGUUGUUUUUUAACAUUCUUUUUCUUUUUUUUUAGUUUCAUUUAGUGAGCAUAUACUUUAAACACAUCCACACCCACACACUCUCAAGUUGUUUAAUAAUAUCUCCUACAAAACAAAUGAAAUCCGAAAAGAAAAAAACCUUCGAAAUCACACAAAACCAAAUGCAAAACCAAAAAACAUGAACGCUCAAAGCCCUGGGUAUGUUGACAAUUGCCAUAAGCAGCAUUUUUGUGUUGUUUUUGUGUUAUUCGUGCGUAAUUAUACUUUCGAUUCUUUAUGUCCAUGUGAAAAGCUCUGCAAACUGUUAUAAUGUUUUAAAAUUCAUAAAACUUCUGGCCAGGCCCCAUGUUGUCUAGACCUUCGUUCAAUCGUUCAGUUGCGGCUGGCAAAAAGUAAGUCCUAACUUUCCUUAUCUAGUAUAUAUUCAACUAUAUACAAAAAUAUUUAUAAACAUAUUCGAAAUUUGUUUGUAUCGUUUCUGUUUUUUUGGUAUGUAAAAUAUUUUUGGUGUGUGUCAUCGUGAGACAACAGAUCAGAUCAGGUAUCUACAUUCAAUUUGAUUUUCUUAUUCAAUAGUUAUAUGUGCAUAAACAAAUACUAUCUCUAUCCUAAGUCAUUUGGUUAUGGUAUGGUUGGUACUAAUCAACAACAACUACAAUAAAACAAAACACCCAUCCCCCUGUAAACCGCCUAUUUAGCUUAUAGAGUUGCCCCUUGCUGGGAAUCUACAAUAGAUAGGAAUUGCUCACGUGUUAGUAACUACACUCGAUACUCGUACAUUGUUUCGGUAUUGAACUUAAUACUUUUGCUUAGUUGUUACCGUAGCGAUCUUCCAAUGUCCUUGGUUAUGUAGCUUCCUUCUCACGACUUCAACAAGUUUUCAAACUAACUAAACGUACAUAAUACUCGAGAACUUCAUCCUUGUAGAGGCGCUUAGGUUUUUGUUAAUCCGAUGGAAAACCCAUACAAUUUUAGCUAGCAUAAGUAGUCGAUUGACAGUUAAGAAGUACUAGUCGUAUCCUUUUUGGUUUUGUUAUGUUCAUCGAAAAUGGAAAGCAGCAUGAGUCAGAUUGUUCUCCAUUCCCCGAGAUCUUCGAAUACUCCGAACCCAGUGUAGCCUACGGUAGUUAGAAUUAGCACCCAGAAUCCUGGAGAGCACCACACGCGACACAAUCUAACAUUCACCUAUGUACGUUUGAGUAUACCUAUAGUACACACAUGUAACACUAGUAACCCAACCAUUAUACUAUAUAUCUCUGUAUGUAUAAAUACAUGUAUUAAUGUAACUAUACCGCGUAACCUAACCAUAAGCAAUGACAAGUGAAAAACUGGCCAAAAAGAAGCGGUUGAAUCCUCCGAGUAUUCACUUCGCUCGGGCCAGUUUAGCGCAAAAUUGAUGUUGGACUUUUGGGUCUGGCAAAUUAGCCGCACCGCCAUCGGGAUAUCGCCGGGCAUAUGAAUUUCGUUGGCCUGGUUCGAUCAUCCUGCGGUGUUAGAACGGCGUGCUUCAGACGAAAGUACCUCAAUGCAAGACAGACAAUAUCGCAGAUUUGGUGGCAUUACUUACUCGUAUACGAUUCACACACUCCUCGACUAAGCUCGCAUCUGUACACAGUCGUUAUAAUCGUACUCGUAGAAUACAUAUUCUCUUUCUCUGGUAAUUGUAUGGCGAAGACUUGUAAAUAUUUGAUCGACGCAUUUCAUUUUGUAGAGUUGCUUUUACUUACCACUCUUGCUUUACUUUCGUCGGGAAUGCAUAUUAUUUGAAUACCUCUCUUGUUUAUCACAAAACUCUCUUUAGUGAUCCAAAUUUUAUAUAUUAUUUCGAAACAAUUUAUUGUAUACUUUUAAUUAGAAAAUUUUUUUAAAAUUAUUUUUAUGUAAAAUUAUUUUGGCAAUAAAAAGGCAACAUUUUAAUUCCUUGACUUGUUGGUCUCAAUUUAGCCUUUUCGAUUGUCAAUUUGCGGCUGUGUUAUGUUAGUUAAUCCAGAUUAUCGAAAUGAGUCAAAUCCAAUUGAAUUUGUUUAUUUUUGGCUUGCAUUUCCCGUCAGUAGUCAACAUAUAGUAUUGUUUUUGGUGGUGGUCUUUAAAUGAUUUAAUAUUUUAUCAUAAUUUUCCGUAAAAUUCUAUCCAUGCAAUGCACGCGUUCAUUUGAAAAGAGUACAGCUGAAAAAGGCUACAAGUUUUGUUAACAUUUAAUGGGCUUAAGGUGUUUUGCAAGGAGAACUAACUAUGAAAACUAAGAAUUAAUUAAAUAUUUUAGACCACCGAAUCUGUCUGUCUUCGCGCUGGGCGACACGCGAGUAGCUGGACAAAUGGCAGUCCCUGUAAUACUAAACCCCACACAAAACCGUUCCACGAGCGUAAAUGUCUGCUGCGUCCAGUCGAAAGCGUGUCACAUUAAUUUUGCUGAGCGAAGAGUCCCCUGCGUCCGUGCUGCCCCCUUCUAUCUAUCCAUAUUAAUAUAUAAAUAAGUGGUAUAUAUGUCUAUCUUUGGAUUAUGUUUUGCAUGGCGAGAAGAGUAUGCCUUCCGACCACAAAGUACAAGUUCGAAUCGGACGCAGGCGAUGUGCCGUAGCUUGGUCAGCAGAUAUACGGCCUGGUCCGGUAUAUUGUAACUCUGAGGCGAGGGCACAUCACAGUUAUGGAAGUAACUGUUGGACUUUUCGGUCCUUGUCUUGCGACCACUCAAUCGUUAUAUCCACACGCAUAACACCACUACUAUAAUAUAACUUUAUAACUGAAUCAGACGAACCGCAUUCGCAUACAACGCGUCUAGUUCAAUCCACACAAACCGGCGGCUGAAUCACCAACCACAUCGAUCACCACACCACUUCUCAAAGCAUUCGUGCAAUGAUGGAUCUGAAAGAGAUUUACUAGAACGUUUGGUUACACAUUUUGUUCAGUGUUGAUUUACUCAUUUAUCAAUAUGAAAUUAAUCAAUAAUGCUUUGAUAGUUGCAACUACUUUGUUUGGGAAAGUAUUUCAAGAUCGAAUAAAUUUCAAACUAAUAAACGAUAAGAAUUUCUUUUGCCAAAGAUCUUUGAAGCUUUCGACCAAAGAUUUUUUUUUUAUAAUUAAUAAUAAUCUUUGAUUAAAUAUAAAUGUUAACCGUGUUUAUAUUUCGCAUAAGCUUUAAACAUUUUUGUUGCAUUUACUUUUAACUAAAGCUUACGGAACUAACUAAUCAAAUUUUCCUUAUCCAUUUCUGUUCGUUCCACAAAUAAUCACACAAAUACUUAGCUAAUGCCUAUACUUUAUUUAGAGCAAAUGCAUAAAAUCAAAAACCAACAAAAUUGCCUAUGUUAAAUCAUUUUUAAUGUUGUCAUGUAAAUGAAAAGAUGCAAGAUCAAGGAUUAAAAACAAAAAAAGAAUAUAGCAUUCUUGUACGUAAAAUGUUUUUACCAAACCACAAAGAAAGAUAGUAUACAACAGCAAGUUAUAUAAGCAAUUGUUUAAAUUCUUUUUAACUAUACAAAAAGCAAACAAUACUAUUAGGAAAACAUAUAAAAUGCAUAAAAGUACUAUUUCUAGUUUAAUGUUUCGAUUGUUCUCUAUUCUUUUGAAAUUAAUUUAUUGACAUUUUAAAUAAAACAAAUAAAAGUG